AUGGCUUAUCAUCGUGUUCGAGACUGCGAACCAAAGGAAUAUUCAAAUAACGUACAAUCACCGUAUUCUCCAUCACCAAGCACAACUUCUCAUGGUUCAUCAAGUCUGCAACCUCUACAAAAUUCUCACGGCCAGCUCGAUCAACCUAGCAUUGAUCGACAAAUCGAACCGCAAGACUCUCAUGUGUCAAAUGAUCCGCCACUUCCACAAGGACAGUUUUCACGUCCGGAAUUACAAAGUUCUUAUAGCUCACGUGCACAAUUCAGACCGCAAACACCUAUACAAAAACCACAAUAUCGUACUUCACAAGACUAUAUGAAUUUGUUAAAUUGCUACGUGUACGAUAGUGAAAAGGAAAACGACACAGAGAGAUCAAAUACUGAGACAGUAUAUCCAUUUCCCCAAUAUCACAAUGAUGAUGAUAAUAAUAGAAAGGGUAAAGAUCGUAAUAACCAAGUCUCGGAUCCAGAUUCCUUUGUCUACGGUAUUGGAUUAGAUUAUGAAAGUCGUUAUUAUGUGCCUUCACGCGAGUAUUUGCAACAUUCAUCGAGUAAAAAGAAACAAUCUAGCUCUUCAACAUGCACUUCAUCUAUGCUCAGCCAUGAUGACAAUAAUUAUAAUUUGGAAUUUUCACAUGCACCUAACGGUAAUACAGUUGGUACCUCGUGGAAUUCAAAUAAUCCUCAAGUUCCAGUGCCAAAGGAAGAAAUAGAGGAUAUUUUCACUGAACUAACCGACAAGUUUGGUUUCCAGAAACAGAGUAUGCGCAAUAUUUUUGAUCUUCUCAUGUGCAUGUUAGAUUCUCGAGCUUCUCGGAUGUCACCUUCUCAGGCUUUACUGACACUUCAUGCUGAUUAUAUUGGUGGAGAGCAUGCUAAUUAUCGCAAGUGGUAUUUUGCAACUCAUAUGGACUUGGAUGAUGCUAUUGUUGAUGAAAGUAAUCCAAAUGAUCCACUAAGCCGGGAUAAUGAGGAUCUUGACGAACAAUGGAAUCAGCGGAUGGAUCAAAUGUCUCAUCAUGAUCGCAUACGUCAACUCGCUUUGUGGCUUUUGUUAUGGGGUGAAGCUGCGCAAAUUCGUUUUAUUAGCGAAUGUUUGUGCUUUAUAUUUAAGCUUGCUGAUGAUUACACAAAAAGUACCGAAUACAAAUCAACGGUACAGCCAGUUCCUGAAGGGGAAUAUCUACGAAACAUCGUAACACCAUUCUAUCGAUACAUUCGUGAUCAAGGAUAUAAAGUAGUUGAUGGCAGUUUCGUAAAAAGGGAGAAAGAUCACGCUGAAACAAUAGGCUAUGACGAUAUCAAUGAAUUAUUUUGGUGCCCUGAAAGCAUUGAUCGUAUAGUCUUAAAAGACAAGUCAUCACGUCUCAUGGCAUUACACAAAAAUCAACGUUAUCGAAUGCUCGGUCAAGUAGAUUGGAAUCACGCUUUUGAAAAAACAUACAAAGAAAAACGUACAUGGUUUCAUCUCGCUGUUAAUUUUACUCGCAUAUGGAUCGUCCAUGUUGCAGUCUUUUGGUAUUACACCGCGUACAAUGUUUCAUUCCUAUAUACGGAUUCAGAAAAUUCGGAACCAGCGCUUCAAUUGUCUGUUGUGGCUCUCGGUGGAUCAGUAUCAACUUUGUUCAUGAUCGUUGGAUGUAUUUGUGAAUUCUUCUUCAUUCCCCUGAACAAACAUAAUCUAUCGAUGUUAAUAAAACGGUUUAUUCUUCUAAUCACAAUCUUGAUUGUCAACACUGGUCCUACAUACUAUAUCUACGUGAGAGCACGUACCGGUCAAAUAUCUUUAGUUAUCGGAAUCACUCAAUUCAUUAUCUCGUUAUUAACCACACUCUCUUUUGUUAUAACACCAAGCGCAAAAUUAUUUGGCGGCUUAUCAAAAGGCUCACAAAAAUAUCGAGUUUUUAAUACAUUUACUGCCAAUUACCCCACACUUAAUAACAAAAAUCGGGCUAUCUCAAUUGGUCUAUGGUGUUGUAUCUUUGGAUGCAAGUUUAUAGAAUCUUACUACUUCUUGUCGCUUUCUUUCAAAGAUCCUCUUAAGGCAAUGGUCGACAGUAUGGCAGUUGAUUGUGGUGAUAAACUUGUUCACAAGAUUAUUUGUUUUUGCUUCCCCAUAAUAUCCAUUAUGUUUAUGUUUAUUGUGGACCUUAUUCUUUUUUUCUUGGAUACGUAUUUGUGGUAUGUUAUCUGGCAUACCAUUUUUUCUGUGGUUCGUUCACUCUAUAUUGGUAUAUCUAUCUGGACUCCUUGGAAAAAUAUCUAUUCCAUGUUGCCUAAGAGAAUUUAUGCAAAGAUUUUGGCUGUUACAAACAUAGAGGUCAAACCAAAGAUCCUUGUGUCACAAAUUUGGAACGCAAUCAUUAUAUCCAUGUAUCGGGAACAUUUUUUGUCCGUCGAAAAUGUGGAAAAAUUAUUAUAUCGUAAACGUUAUUUGUCCACCGAAAAUGUGCAAAAGCUAUUGUACCAACAGGGUCCUCUUGAUUAUGGGAAGUUCACGUUAAAGCCACCCACAUUCUUCGUAGCACAUAAUUCGGAUGAUUUCUUCUCACAGAUGGGUGAAGCAGAACGUCGUAUAUCAUUCUUCUCGCAAAGUUUAUCAACUCCAAUACCAGAUCCAAUACCAGUUCAAAAUAUGCCAUCCUUUACUGUUUUGACUCCUCACUAUUCGGAAAAAAUUCUUCUUUCUCUUCGAGAGAUCAUUCGUGAAAAGAAUGAAAGCACUAGAGUUACCUUGCUGGAAUACCUUAAACAGUUGCAUCCAAUCGAAUGGGACAACUUUGUCAAAGAUAGUAAAACUCUGUUUGAAAAAAAUAAUGCAUCAGUGACAAAUCAAUUUGCAGAAGACCCAUUGAAAAAGGCCAAGGACGAGAAACUAAAAGAUUUGGCCUUCUAUUCCGUGGGUUUCAAGUCUUCAGCUCCGGAAUAUACUAUGCGUACACGUAUAUGGGCGUCACUUCGAUCUCAAACGCUGUACCGUACGGUUUCCGGGUUCAUGAACUAUUCAAAAGCAAUCAGGCUUCUGUAUCAUGUGGAAAAUCCAGAGGUUACAACCAAUUUUGCCAAUAAUCCAGAGAAAUUUAGGGAAGAGAUCGAUUCUAUGAUCCAUAGAAAAUUUAAAUUUGUGGUAUCCAUGCAACGAUAUAACAAUUUCACCGACGAAGAACGAGAAAAUGCAGAGCUCUUGUUGCAAACCUACCCUGAUCUUCAGAUUGCUUAUCUAGAUGAACUCCCGCCCGAGAAUGAAGAGGAAGAACCAAGGAUAUACUCCGUGUUAAUCGAUGGUCAUUGUGAACUUUUGCCUAAUGGAAAGAGAAAACCAAAAUACCGUAUCCAACUUCCCGGUAACCCAAUUCUUGGUGAUGGUAAAUCCGACAAUCAAAAUCAUGCCAUCAUCUUUUGCCGCGGUGAAUAUCUGCAAUUAGUGGAUGCCAAUCAAGAUAACUACCUCGAGGAGUGUCUCAAAAUUCGCAGCAUACUUAGAGAAUUUGAACAAUAUGAGAUGCCAGCAACAUCACCAUACUCACCAGUUGCCGAAUCAUCUAAAAAGGAACCCGUUGCAAUUGUUGGUGCGCGAGAAUAUAUUUUUUCCGAGAAUUACGGUGUCCUUGGUGAUGUUGCUGCUGCAAAAGAGCAAACUUUUGGUACACUGACUCAAAGGAUUAUGGCCCAAAUAGGCGGUAGAUUGCAUUACGGACAUCCCGAUUUCCUGAAUACCAUAUUUAUGACUACUCGUGGUGGUAUAUCAAAAGCACAAAAAGGUUUGCAUCUUAAUGAGGACAUUUAUGCCGGUAUAAAUGCGUUUAAUCGUGGUGGACGCAUCAAAUAUGCAGAAUACUAUCAAUGUGGCAAAGGUCGCGACCUUGGAUUCGGUUCCAUUCUUCGCUUUACCACAAAAAUCGGAACCGGUAUGGGUGAGCAAAUGCUCUCUCGCGAAUACUAUUACCUUGGAACGCAGCUUCCUUUGGAUCGCUUCUUAACCUUUUAUUAUGCUCAUCCUGGAUUUCACAUAAAUAAUAUCUUUAUUAUGUUGUCGGUGCAACUGUUCGUGUUUAGUAUGAUAUUUAUCGGCGCGAUGGCAUCUGUCUUGACGUUGUGCGAUUACAACCCCAAUCCAACGGCUGAACUCAGUCCUUCAGGAUGUCACAACCUUAUUCCCGUGUAUUAUUGGAUUAAACGUUCAAUUAUCUCCAUCGUUGUUGUAUUCCUUGUAGCAUUCUUGCCAUUAUUCCUUCAAGAACUAGCCGAGAGAGGUUUAUUACGCAGUAUUAUCCGUCUCGGAAAACAUUUAAUAUCACUUUCUCCUUUCUUUGAAGUCUUUAUUACUCAGAUUUAUACUCACAGUAUCACAGCAAAUCUUAGUUUUGGCGGUGCUCGUUAUAUUGACACCGGUCGUGGAUUUGCCACCGCUCGUAUCCCAUUCUCAACAUUGUAUUCCACAUUUUCUUAUCCGAGUAUUUAUUCUGGCAUGAGGAUCAUUCUUAUAUUGCUUUUUGUAACUAUGGCCAUACGACUACCGCACCUGGGUUACUUUUGGUUAACAGCUAUUGCCUUGUCACUAUCCCCAUUCCUAUUCAAUCCGCAUCAGUUCUGUUUCACGGAUUUCAUCAUUGAUUACCGGGAAUUCUUGAGAUGGAUGUCUCGAGGGAAUUCAAAAACACACGAUCGUUCUUGGAUCUCCUUCUGUCGUACGUCUAGGACAAUGAUUACUGGUUAUAAACGCAAACAAUCUGGUCAUCCAUCAGAGAAAUCAAUUCAUGAUAUUUCUCGUCCAAGUUUCGUUGUGAUUUUUACCACGGAAAUCCUUUUACCACUUAUAUCAGCGGCACUCUGCGUUUUAGCGUAUGCGUUUGUUAAAACUUACGACCCACAAAAUCCUGCGAAUGGUCUUAAUGCAAUCAUUUAUGUUUGCGCUAUAGCUGUCUUGCCAAUUAUAUUAAACGCGUCUAUGCUAGCGUGUCUUUUCUUUAUCUCACUCUGCACUGGUCCAUUGGUAAAUUGUUGUUUCUCCAAGUUUGGAUCCAUGAUUGCUGCAAUUGCACAUGCCUGGUCAGUUCUUAAUCUGAUUGGAUCCUUCGAACUUUUGUGUUUUAUCAAUGUAUGGAACUUUUCUCAUGCCAUUCUAGGUGUGAUAACAUUGGUUGCAAUUCAGCGAGUGAUUUUCAAAGUAUUGACCGUAUUAUUCCUGACACGUGAAUUUAAGCAUGACGAAACAAAUAGAGCUUGGUGGACGGGAAAGUGGUACGGUCGUGGAUUAGGUGGAUCAUCAUUCACACAACCUUUUCGAGAAUAUAUCUGUAAAAUAGUUGAGAUGUCACUUUUCGCAACCGACUUUAUACUCGGUCAUAUUAUUCUAUUCAUAUUGGCACCUAUAUGCUUGAUACCUUGGAUUGAUAGGUGUCAUUCUAUCAUGUUGUUUUGGUUGAGUACAAGCAAACGAAUUAGGGCACCAAUAUUUUCGCAGAAACAAAAACGCAGGAGAUCAUAUCUUGAAGAUUUUGAAGAGUCCAAAGAUGAUAAUAAUUUUGAAAAAUAUAUGAAAUAG